AUGGUUUACGACGACAGCCUGCCCGAUGAUCUCCCCUCGGCUUGCUCUGCGGCUCUGCUGGCCGACGUAGCCUGUGACCGCCUCGUGCGGGAUCUUCGCCCCGAGUUCUUCUACCGCCCUGCGUCUCUGGAGCGCAUGUGUACCUCGGGCUGCGCCGCGGCGCUGUCUUCGUGGACAGCAUCGGUCCGGUCCGCGUGCGGCGACGGCGUGAGCGUCCCCGCCGAUUUUGAGCUUCCCGCAUCGCCGGUCGUGAUUCCAGCCACUCUCGAGCACACGUUCCACUUUACGUGUCUGCGCGAGAACAACACCUUUUGCGGGCCUGUUGCCGCCUUGGCUGCCGUCUUCAGAGACCCUGGAGUCUCACCUUUCAACUAUCUCAGCGAGGCCCCGGAGGGGGCCACAGAGCCUGGCGAUUGCGAUGCUUGCAUCGCAACCAGGCUGCGCAUGCGCGCCGGAUCGCCCUAUUUCGACGGCCCCGUCGUGGCCAGCGAGUCGCUCUAUGAGAGCAUGACGUUGAGCUGUGGCAUUACGGGCAAACCGGUAACCACCACAACCAUCGACUACUCAACCAGCCAGCCGGAACCCACCCAGGCUGUGUGCGGCGGAACGCAGUAUGCGAUCCAGAGCGGCGAUGACUGCUACAGCAUCUCCAAGGCCCAGGGCGUUGGCACCGCUUGGCUUCUCGCAGACAAUAAUCUGGCCGCCUACUGUGCCGACUUCCCUACGUCAGGCAGUCUCUGUAUCACCAACAACUGCGACAUCGUGACUGUUGAAGUCAACCAGACGUGUGCCGCCAUCGCAGACGCUGCAGGCAUCACCGAGACCCAGCUCAACGCCUGGAACCCUGUCAUCAACCCCGUCUGCUCCAACAUCAACAUGAUGAACGGCACCACGCUCUGCAUCAGUCCUCCCGGGCCUCAGCUGCCUCCUCCUGUGACGACCAAUAUCCCACCAUUGACCCCGACUACGGCCGCCCCUGUGCCAAGCGAUGCUGCCGCGGGGUCAAAUAAGCCUUGCGGCCGCUGGUACGACGUCGAAGCGGGCGAUUACUGUAACCUCGUGGUCCUCAAGUUCGCCAUCUCCCUAGAGGACUUUCUCUUUCUCAACACAGGAAUCAAUGUCAACUGCACCAAUCUGUACGCGGGAGAAAGUUAUUGCGUACAGCCAGUGGGAGACAUCAAUACAUACCCUGGCCGGCCGGGUCAUGUCUCCAUCACGAUUGAUCCCAGUGCCACUUUCACCGGCGUUCCGUUCACCAUGCUCCCCAAUGCCACUGUGACGAGCUACUCGCGGCCGUACACCCCUGCGCCGCUGGCCACGGGAGUCCGCGACGACUGCGUGCACUAUUUCAAGGGCGACGACUACCAAUUCCCGUCGGACCAGAUGGGGUACUGGAAGAGCAACUGCGAGCUCGCGGCCCGCAACUACAACGCCGACUACGACAACUUUGUAGCCUGGAACGCCCUCGCCACCAACGUCACGGAUCCGGCCUGCUCUUUCGUGGCCGGUAAGCGGUACUGCGGAUCCUGGAAUCUGCAGGCCACACGCAGCGUCACCGAGACGGCUCCGGCGACGACCACGACCGGCAAUGGAGGCCCGACCCCGCCUGCGCCGACGCACUCGGGCCAGCCGGCAGACUGUGACACGUGGCACGUCGUCGUCUCGGGCGACUCGUGCCAGUCGGUUGCCGACGGCGCCGGCAUCUCGCUGAACCAGUUCUACGACUGGAACCCGGCGGUCAGCCGCGACUGCGCGACCAACUUCUGGCUCGGCCAGGCAUACUGCGUCGGCAUCUCUGGAGACGGAGGCGGCACAGCUACGACGACGUCCUCGACGACGACUUCCCAGCCGACCCCCCCAGGACCGACGCACGCUGGCCAGCCAAGUAACUGCAACAAGUGGGACAUUGUGGAAUCGGGCGAUACCUGUGGCUCCCUCGCUGAGAGCAAUGGUAUCUCGUUGAGCCAGUUCUUAGCCUGGAACCCUGCAGUUAGCAGCGACUGCGUUACCAACUUUUGGUUGGGCCAGGCAUAUUGCGUCGGCGUCUCUGGAAGCGGAACCAUAUCCACGUCGUCAUCCACGAGGACGACGACGACAAGUGCUGCCAGCUCGACUCCUCCCGCGCCCACGCACCCCGGCCAGCCAAGCGACUGCAACAAGUGGGAUGUUGUGCAGGCGGGGGAUGGGUGCGCCUCGAUGGCCCAAGACAAUGGCAUCUCGCUGGACCAGUUUUACGACUGGAACCCGGCAGUGAGCCGGGACUGCGUGACCAACUUCUGGCUUGGCCAGGCAUACUGCGUCGGCGUCUCGGGAAGCGGAAGUACACCCACACCGACCUCUACGGCGGCGGCGACGACGAGUGCCAAACCAACUCCCCCCGCGCCGACGCAUACGGGCCAGCCGAGCAACUGCAGCAAAUGGGAUGUUGUCCAGCCCGGGGAUGGUUGCGCCUCGAUGGCGCAAGACAAUGGCAUCUCGCUGAACCAGUUCUACGACUGGAACCCUGCUGUCAGCCGGGACUGUGUGACCAACUUCUGGCUCGGUCAGGCGUAUUGUGUCGGGGUUUCAUCGUGA